AUGGCAGGGCUGCCCCUCGCGCUGCCUCCCUCGGAGGACGCCGGGCAGGAGAACCCCGGGCAGGAGGACCCCGGGCAGGAGGACGCCGGGCAGGAGGACCCCGGGCAGGAGGACGCCGGGCAGGAGGACCCCGGGCAGGAGGACCCCGGGCAGGAGGACCCCGGGCAGGAGGACCCCGGGCAGGAGGACCCCAGGCAGGAGGACCCCGAGCAGGAGGACGCCGGGCAGGAGGACCCCGGGCAGGAGGACCCCGGGCAGGAGGACGCCGGGCAGGAGGACCCCGGGCAGGAGGACGCCGGGCAGGAGGACCCCGGGCAGGAGGACCCCGGGCAGGAGGACGCCGGGCAGGAGGACGCCGGGCAGGAGGACCCCGGGCAGGAGGACACCGGGCAGGAGGACGCCGGGCAGGAGGACGCCGGGCAGGAGGACCCCGGGCAGGAGGACCCCGGGCAGGAGGACCCCGGGCAGGAGGACCCCGGGCAGGAGGACCCCGGGCAGGAGGACCCCGGGCAGGAGGACGCCGGGCAGGAGGACCCCGUGCAGGAGGACGCCGGGCAGGAGGACCCCGGGCAGGAGGACCCCGGGCAGGAGGAUCCCGGGCAGGAGGACGCCGGGCAGGAGGACCCCGGGCAGGAGGACCCCGGGCAGGAGGACCCCGGGCAGGAGGACGCCGGGCAGGAGGACCCCGGGCAGGAGGACGCCGGGCAGGAGGACCCCGGGCAGGAGGACGCCGGGCAGGAGGACCCCGGGCAGGAGGACACCGGGCAGGAGGAUCCCGGGCAGGAGGAUCCCGGGCAGGAGGACCCCGGGCAGGAGGACGCCGGGCAGGAGGACCCCGGGCAGGAGGACUCCGGGCAGGAGGAUCCUGGGCAGGAGGAUCCCGGGCAGGAGGACCUCGGGCAGGAGGAUCCCGGGCAGGAGGACGCCGGGCAGGAGGACCCUGGGCAGGAGGACCCCGGGCAGGAGGAUCCCGUGCAGGAGGAUCCCGGGCAGGAGGAUCCCGGGCAGGAGGAUCCCGGGCAGGAGGAUCCCGGGCAGGAGGACGCCGGGCAGGAGGACGCCGGGCAGGAGGACCCCGGGCAGGAGGACGCCGGGCAGGAGGAUCCCGGGCAGGAGGACGCCAGGCAGGAGGACCCCGGGCAGGAGGACCCCGGGCAGGAGGAUCCCGGGCAGGAGGAUCCCGGGCAGGAGGAUCCCGGGCAGGAGGACCCCGGGCAGGAGGAUCCCGGGCAGGAGGACGCCGGGCAGGAGGACCCCGGGCAGGAGGACGCCGUGCAGGAGGACGCCGGGCAGGAGGAGGACCCCGGGCAGGAGGACCCCGGGCAGGAGGACCCCGGGCAGGAGGACGCCGGGCAGGAGGACCCCGGGCAGGAGGACGCCGGGCAGGAGGCCCCCUGCAGGAGGACGCCGGGCAGGAGGACGCCGGGCAGGAGGACCCCGGGCAGGAGGCCCCCUGCAGGAGGCCCCCUGCAGGAGGACCCCUGCAGGAGGACGCCGCUGCGGCUGCUGCGGAGUCGUCCUCCAGUGGCAGGGGGCGCAAACGCCGGGCCGCAGUGA